CUCCCAGGGAGUGUGAGGAAGACGAGUUUCACUGCCAGAACGGCUACUGUAUUCGCAGCCUCUGGCACUGCGACGGUGACAAUGACUGUGGGGACAACAGUGAUGAACAGUGUGACAUGCGUAAAUGUUCGGACAAGGAGUUUCGCUGCACAGACGGCAGCUGCAUCGCCGAACACUGGUACUGCGACGGAGACACGGACUGUAAGGACGGAUCAGAUGAGGAAAACUGCCCGUCAGACGUGAUGACGGCCACCUGCAGCGUGGAGGAGUUCCAGUGCGCGUAUGGACGCUGCAUCCUGGACAUUUACCACUGCGACGGAGACGACGACUGCGGAGACUGGUCAGACGAGUCGGACUGUUCCUCCCACCAGCCGUGCAGGUCAGUUGAGUUCAUGUGCAGCAGCGGGAUGUGCAUCAACGCUGGCUGGAGGUGUGACGGCGAGUACGACUGUGACGACCAGUCAGACGAGAGGAACUGCACCACGUCCAUGUGCACGGCCGACCAGUUCCGCUGCGGGACCGGGCGCUGCGUGCGGUUGUCGUGGAGAUGCGACGGCGAGGAUGACUGCUCGGAUCGCAGCGACGAAGAGGGCUGUGAGAAAACUGAGAGUCCUCCGUGUGCUCCGGAUCAGUUCCAGUGUGGAAACGGACGCUGCAUCGGUCAGAGGAAAGUGUGUAACGAGGUCAACGACUGUGGAGACGGGACUGACGAGCACCCGCAUCACGACUGCCGACCGCGCUCCAGCGAGGGCAACUGUAACCAGAAUAAUGGAGGCUGCUCCCAGAAGUGUCAGAUGGUCAGAGGACUGGUCCAGUGCACCUGUCACACUGGAUACCGACUGAUGGACGACGGCAAAGCCUGCCAGGAUGUGGACGAGUGUGCCGAAGAAGGCUACUGCAGCCAGGGCUGCACGAACACGGAGGGGGGGUUCCAGUGCUGGUGCGUUCAGGGCUACGAGCUCCGGCCCGACAAGCGCAGCUGCAAAGCUCUGGGUCCAGAGCCAGUCCUGCUGUUCGCCAACCGCAUCGACAUCCGGCAGGUUUUGCCGCAUCGCUCCGAGUACACGCUGCUGCUCAACAACCUGGAGAACGCCAUCGCCCUGGACUUCCACCACAGCCACGAGCUGGUGUUCUGGUCGGACGUGACGCUGGACCGCAUCAUGAAGGCCAACCUCAACGGCUCCAACGUGGAGGAGGUCGUCUCCACCGGUCUGGAGAGCCCAGGUGGACUGGCCAUAGACUGGAUCCAUGAUAAGUUGUACUGGACAGACUCUGGGACUUCCCGCAUCGAGGUGGCCAAUCUGGACGGGACGCACCGCAAGGUGCUGCUGUGGCAGAACAUGGAGAAGCCCCGAGCCAUCGCACUGCACCCUAUAGAGGGGAAGAUCUACUGGACGGACUGGGGGAACACACCUCGCAUCGAGUACGCCAACAUGGAUGGAUCGAACCGGCGGGUCAUCGCAGACACGCACCUGUUCUGGCCCAACGGCCUCACUAUCGACUACGCAGGCCACCGCAUGUACUGGGUGGACGCCAAACACCAUGUCAUCGAGAAGGCUGACCUGGACGGACGCAACCGCAAAGCCGUCAUCAGCCAAG